UUCGACUCCUCUCAUCUCUCGCUCUCCCUUUCAUGGUCGGAGGUAUUCUCGUGUUCUCCACCGUCGUUCUUGGGGCCAAAGUUCGUUCCCGCGGUCGCCGGACUCGCUGCAGGAGGUGAAGAAGCUCCCCCUCCCUGGAAGAAGCCUGGUCCCUGCUGCAUAGCUGAGGAGACAUGGAGUUGCAUAAAUUGCGAAGGGUAUACAUUGAGUUCGCAUCGUUUGUCUUCCAUGACGGGAUUCUGGACAAUCAGUACACACAGUUGCAGCAGCUGCAGGAUGAGAGCGAACCUAAGUUUGUUCUUCAGGUUGGGACUCUUUUCCUUGAAGACUCUGAAAAGCUCCUCAAUGAACUACGCUCUAUCCUAGAUCAGCAGGACGUGGACUUCGAGAAAUUGGAUGCCUUUGUCCGCAAGUUGACAGGCAGCAGUGCCAGCAUAGGUGCUAAAAGAGUCAAAGAUGCGUGCAUGGCCUUUCACGACUGCUGUAAGAAGGGGAGCAAAGAAGGUUGCCUCAAAUGUCUGCAGCAACUGACGGCGGAGUAUCGCCUGGUGAAGCGCAAGCUGGAAACUCUGUUCAAGAUGGAGACGCAGAUUCUGGCUGCUGGUGGAUCAGUCCCAUUGUUGUCGCAGUAGCAACAGUAGUACGUGCCAAAGCAGUUGUUCAUGCUGUUUGCUGCUUGUCAUUGCUUUCGCAGCUUCCUGUGGCCCACUCAUGUGGAAACGUCUCUUUUUGAGUGACUUAGCAGUCAAAAACUUGUGGUGUUUCUCAGAUGUGAUAGAUAAGAGUAAAAGGAUAAGGUGGUUCCUCGAUUGAAAACAUAUUAAGGAGAAGUCGACAGUUCAAUUUGGUGUCUCAUUUCCGUGCAACGUUUAGUGUUACUUCGAUUUAAAUGUGCUUGCGGCGACCAAGGCAUCUGCGAGCGACGCUCCCGCUCCCGAAAGGGGGGAGAGAAGGGCGU